CUGAUAGGGAAAGGUUACAUCAGUACACAAAAAGGUUCCAACUCUUUGACUUAAAAAAUGAGGGAAAGCAAGUUACGUAAUGAUUAACCAGACAGGAUCAUCCGAUAUGACACAGUGUGGUGUGAUCCAUCCCUUCCCCUCCCAAAUUUAGGCUCCAGGUAUCUGGAUAUAACGGUAACGUUUUGUUUCCUGUAGGAAUCUGCUGAGUACAAGGGACCUGACACCUGGUCACCUCCUCUUGCCACUCAUUCAUAUCAUGUUACUCCGCUGACUUCCUUCCUUUGGCUUCAGUCUACUGCCCUGAGCAAUAUAUUCCUUCCCUCAGAAUAUAUCGCCCCACUUACGGGUGAUAUUAUACCCCAGGAUUCCAAAUGAUGCUAGCCACCCCCCUUGUGUUUCUUCUUUGCUGUUUCUCCCUUGGACCAUUUCCGGUUUUGGGGGAUGAGGAAGACUAUGGGGAAGAAUUGGUUCUUACUCUUGCCCAGGAGGAAGACACUCACAUACCCGACAAGGACAGUGCCCCUGGGACUUUCUACUGGAGCAAUAAGGACUCGUGGCGUACGGUUGGUCAGUACGUGGUGGUGCUGAAAGAAAAUGUCCACAAGUCUCACAUCGAAAGAGUCAUUCACCGUCUGAAGACGAAAGCAGCUAAACAUGGUUACCUCACUAAGAUUGUACACAUCUUUCAUAUUCUCUUCCGAGGGUUUGUGGUGAAGAUGAGCAGUGAUUUAUUGGAGAUGGCUUUGAAGUUGCCGCACGUGGACUAUAUUGAGGAGGAUUCGUUUGUAUUUGCGCAGAAUGUUCCAUGGAACCUUGACAGAAUUGUCGCUUCACAUCACGUGACUGAUCAGUUCAACCCUCCGAACACAGGGGAUGCCGUGGAGGUGUAUCUACUGGACACCAGCAUCCAGAGCAAUCACAGGGAAAUUCAGGGGAAGGUGAUUGUCACAGAAUUUGAGAACGUCCCCGAGGAAGAUGGGACUCGCUUCCACCGACAGGCCAGCAAGUGCGAGAGUCAUGCCACUCAUACGGCCGGAGUGCUGAGCGGGAGGGACGCUGGAGUAGCCAAGGGGGUCAGUGUGCGAAGCCUCCGUGUACUAAACUGCCAGGGAAAGGGCACGGUCAGUGGGACCCUGACAGGUCUAGAGUUUAUCAGAAAAACAUUGUUGGAGCAGCCGUACAGCCCUCUGAUUGUGCUGAUCCCAUUUGUUGGGGGGUACAGUCGGACUGUUAAUGCAGCGAGUCGGGCUUUGGUGAAAUCUGGAGUCGUUAUAAUCGCAGCAGCUGGAAAUUACAGGGAUGAUGCCUGUUUGUAUUCGCCGGCAUCCGAACCAGAGGUUAUUACUGUAGGAGCCACCAACUACCAAGAUCAACCUCUAACACUGGGCACCCUGGGCACAAAUUAUGGUACCUGUGUUGAUGUCUUUGCCCCAGGGGACAAUAUCAUAGGGGCAUCCAGUGACUGCAGCACCUGCUUUACCUCCAAAAGUGGCACUUCACAGGCAGCAGCUCAUGUAGCAGGUAUUGCAGCAAUGAUACUGAGCAGCAAACCCGACCUCUCUGUGUCAGAGCUGAGGCAGCGGCUGAUUUAUUACUCCACUAAAAAUGCCAUGAAUGACGCCUGGUUCCCAGAAGAUCAGAGACUCAUCACCCCAAACCGAGUUGCAGGACUCCCCUUGAAGCUAAUCACAGAUGAGAAACUUUUAUGUCGUACUGUUUGGUCCAAACUCUCUGGCUUGGCUCGUACGGCAACAACUACGGUGGAAUGCAGCGGCAGUGAGGAAAUGUUCAGCUGCUCGAGUUUCUCCAGAAAUGGGAAGAGGAAAGGAGAGCAAAUAAAACAUGAAGGAGACAAGAAGACUUGCGUAGCACACAAUGCAUUUGGAAGUGACGGGGUAUACGCCAUUGCCAGAUGCUGCGUUUGGCCAAAAUCAACCUGCCAUAUUAAUACCAGUUCUCCAGAGGACAGUGACAAAAUGUCCCACGCCAGCUGCACUAGUGAGGAUCAUGUUUUAACGGGUUGCAGCUUCCACUCUCAGUCCGGCCAUGUCAGCGAUUUUGCGCGGCCUGUGCACACCUCAGAAAUGAAGGCGCCAUCCUGUGUAUCAAACCGAGGGGUGACUUCCCACGCAUCUUGCUGCCAGGGCCCAAGUAUCGCUUGUAGGGUACAGGAGUAUUCUCCAGUGGGCUUCACUCAGAAGGUGACUGUUAUAUGUGACGAUGGUUGGACCCUCACAGACUGCAAUGCAUAUUCUCGCAGUUCCAACUCUUUGGGAGCAUAUUCCAUUGAUAACACAUGUGUUGUGUCAAACGUCAAAGGUGGAAAAGGAACUACAGCUAUUGCCAUCUGUUGUCAGAGCAAGAACAGAGAAACCAAUUCUCAAAACUCAAAUUAUAGGUGACUGUGUGCAAGCAACCAACUGAUCUGAGAUACCCUGUACAAGCAACCAACUGAUCUGAGAUACCCUGUACAAGCAACAAACUGAUCUGAGAUACCCUGUACAAGCAACAAACUGGUCUGAGAUACCCUGUACAAGCAACAAACUGAUCUCAGAUACCCUGUGUAAGCAACAAACUGAUCUGAGAUACCCUGUGUAAGCAACCAGCUGAUCUGAGAUACACUGUGCAAGCAACCAACUGAUCUGAGAUACCCUGUGCAAGCAACCAACUCAUCUGAGAUACACUGUACAAGCGACUAACUGAUCUGAGAUACCCUGUACAAGCGGCUAACUGAUCUGAGAUACACUGUACAAGCGGCUAACUGAUCUGAGAUACACUGUACAAACAACUAAUUGAUCUGAGAUACCCUGUACAAGCAACUAACUGAUCUGAGAUACACUGUACAAGUAACUAACUAACUGAUCUGAGAUACCCUAUACAAGCAACUAACUGAUCUGAGAUACCCUAUACAAGCAACUAACUGAUCUGAGAUACCCUGUACAAGGAACUAAUUGAUCUGAUCUGAGAUACCCUGCACAAACAACUAAUUGAUCUGAGAUACCCUGUACAAGCAACUAACUGAUCUGAGAUACACUGUGUAAGCAACAAAGUGAUCUGAGAUACCUUGUGUAAGCAACAAACUGAUCUGAGAUACCCUGUGUAAGCAACAAACUGAUCUGAGAUACCCUGUGUAAGCAACCAGCUGAUCUGAGAUACACUGUGCAAGCAACCAACUGAUCUGAGAUACCCUGUACAAGCAACUAACUCAUCUGAGAUACACUGUACAAGCGGCUAACUGAUCUGAGAUACCCUGUACAAGCAACUAACUGAUUUGAGAUACCCUGUACAAACAACUAACUGAUUUGAGAUACCCUGUACAAACAACUAACUGAUCUGAGAUACACUGUACAAGCAACUAACUGAUCUGAGAUACACUGUACAAGCAACUAACUGAUCUGAGAUACACUGUACAAGCAACUAACUGAUCUGAGAUACCCUGUACAAACAACUAACUGAUCUGAGAUACACUGUACAAACAUCUAACUGAUCUGAGAUACACUGUACAAACAACUAACUGAUCUGAGAUACACUGUACAAACAACUAACUGAUCUGAGAUACACUGUACAAACAACUAACGGAUCUGAGAUACACUGUACAAACAUCUAACUGAUCUGAGAUACACUGUACAAACAUCUAACUGAUCUGAGAUACACUGUACAAACAACUAACUGAUGUGAGAUACACUGUACAAACAACUAACUGAUCUGAGAUACACUGUACAAACAUCUAACUGAUCUGAGAUACACUGUACAAACAUCUAACUGAUCUGAGAUACACUGUACAAACAACUAACUGAUCUGAGAUACACUGUACAAACAACUAACUGAUCUGAGAUACACUGUACAAACAACUAACUGAUCUGAGAUACACUGUACAAACAACUAACUGAUCUGAGAUACCCUGUACAAGCAACUAACUGAUCUGAGAUACCCUGUACAAACAACUAACUGAUCUGAGAUACACUGUACAAACAACUAACUGAUCUGAGAUACACUGUACAAACAACUAACUGAUCUGAGAUACACUGUACAAACAACUAACUGAUCUGAGAUACACUGUACAAACAACUAACUGAUCUGAGAUACACUGUACAAGCAACUAACUGAUCUGAGAUACCCUGUACAAGCAACUAACUGAUCUGAGAUACACUGUACAAACAUCUAACUGAUCUGAGAUACACUGUACAAACAACUAACUGAUGUGAGAUACACUGUACAAACAACUAACUGAUCUGAGAUACACUGUACAAACAUCUAACUGAUCUGAGAUACACUGUACAAACAACUAACUGAUCUGAGAUACACUGUACAAACAACUAACUGAUCUGAGAUACCCUGUACAAACAACUAACUGAUCUGAGAUACACUGUACAAGCAACUAACUGAUCUGAGAUACCCUGUACAAACAACUAACUGAUCUGAGAUACACUGUACAAGCAACUAACUGAUCUGAGAUACACUGUACAAACAACUAACUGAUCUGAGAUACCUCAAUACACAACAUCUUGCUCACAUCAAACGGUUAUACUUAUUAUAUGCAAAAAAUGUGAUGGCCAUUGGGCUUAGACACACUCGGAAAGCAGAAACAUUUGGCACAAAGGUUGUUUCUUUUGCCUGAAAAAUAACCGGUCUAAAUUUUACAAAAUAUUGUUUUAUCCAACAUUAUCUCACACAAUGGUUUCUCUCAACACAAUCAGACCAUGUACCGCUGUAUGUUACUCUUUUAAUGAAAACCUCUAGAAUGUAAUCAAGAGGAAGAUGGAGGUCACAAGCCAUCAAACAAAGCUGAGUUGCUUACAUUUUUGUGCCAGGAGUGGCAUAAAGUUACCCAACAGCAAUGGGAAAGACUGGUGGAGAGCAACUUGUGACUGAAAAUCCGGGUUAUUGCACCAAAUAUUGAUUCCUGAACGCUUGCUACAUUAAAACAUUAGUGCUGUGUUUAAGAAUGAUUAUGAACUGGUUUUCUUUGCAUUAUUCGAGGUCUGAAAACACUGCAUCUUUUUUGUUAUUUUUUUGACCAGUCGUCAUUUUCUGCAAAUAAAUGCUCUAAAUGACAAUAUUUUUAUUUGGAAUUUGAGAGAAAUGUUGUUAGUAGUCAAAAAUAUUCAUUUUACUCAACCACAUACCUAUAAAUAGUAAAAUGUAUCUAAUUUAAUUUUUAGUCUAAUUUGUUAUAUUCCCUCUGUUAAAAAUCAUACCUUGGUAGGCUCAGGAGUAGCGUUGGACUGCUGAUUGGUGGCUGCACAUAUAUGCUUCUUGUCAUUGGCUCACCAGAUGUGUUCAGCUAGCUACCAAUAGUGCAUUGUUGCUCCUUCCACAAAGGAUACUAAAAAAAUGAAGCAAAUUAGAUAAUAGAAGUAAAUUGUAAAAUUAAAGGGACACUGAACUCAAAUUUUUUCUUUCGUGAUUCAGAUAGAGCAUGAAAUUUUAAGCAAAUUUUCUAAUUUACUCCUAUUAUCAAAUUUUCUUCCUUCUCUUGGUAUCUUUAUUUGAAAUGCACGAAUGUAAGUUUAGAUGCCGGCCCAUUUUUGGUGAACAACCUGGGUUGUUCUUGCUGAUUGGUGGAUAAAUUCAUCCACCAAUACAAAAAAGUGCUGUCCAGAGGUCUAAACCAAAAAAGAAGCUUAGAUGCCUUCUUUUUCAAAUCAAGAUAGCAAGUGAAUGAAGAAAAAUUGAUUAUAGAGGUAAAUUAGAAAGUUGCUUAAAAUGGCAUGCUUUAUCUGAAUUACUAAAAUUUGCCUUCAGUGUCCCUUUAAGAAUUCUAUGCUCUCUCUAAAUCAUGAAAGAAAGAAAAUGGGGUUUUAUGGACCUUUAAUAUUCUAAAUGUGGCAAAUUGUAAAAAAAAAAAAAUCUAAACAUCCCCUUCCAUAGUGGCCAAGCCUGAGAUAAGCAGCUAUCUUAACCUAUAGUUCCCACACUAGUACAGUGAUACCAAAUUACUGCUAUUAAUACUACUAAUACAGGAUGCCAUUACUUUGCUCCAAAAUAAACUCUGCAACUGGUCUUCA